GGCAACACCGGCGCGGUGUGAGCACACCAUUUAUCAGCUGAGUGGUGCAAUUCGUUGGAAUAUUGUUAUUUAACAGUACAAAUCACAUAAAAACAAUUAAUUUAAAGUCCAACAAGAUGUCAAUAGUUAAGCGUGUUCAGCAAUGGGCUACAUUUGCAAGAACAUGGCACAUCUACGAUUGCACUUGGCAAAACCCUUUUGAUUCAGCAAAGUUAAUAAAAACGCAUUUAAUGGGCUUGCACAAGCCGAUCUACCAUCCAAUGACUACCACCCGUUCAGUUAGUACUCAUCGCCGUCUCUUGCAAGUACCUAUUAGCUCUUCAUUCAAUUUCACACUACAACACCGUAAUAUGGGUCGUUUAAGUAAAGUAGAUCCCAGUUCUUUCUCAGAACCUGAACGUAUCGCUACCAAACACAGUGCGCUCAAGUGGACAGUAGAUUUUUCAAACACAAAAUUGUUGGGUAGCGUAAUACAUCACUUCAAUGUGCUGGAGGCUAAUUUGCCAGCAAUCCUGCUAGAUGUGCGCGAUAUCAAUGUGAAAAGUGCUUCGAUUCUUUGCAGUGGUGGUUCAGCCAUACCAAUCAACUACUUCGUCAGUGAUCCAGUUGAGGAUAUUGGUGCUAAGUUGACAUUGGAGCUGCCGGAAGGCACUGCUAAGGGAGACCUUCUCGUACGCAUCGAUUAUGAAACAUCGAAUCGUGCAAGUGGUCUGCAGUGGCUCACACCAGAGCAAACUCUUGGCAAACAACAUCCAUAUCUCUUCAGUCAAUGUCAAGCGAUUCACGCUCGUUCCGUAUUACCAUGUCAAGAUACGCCAGCCGUUAAAUUCACCUAUGAGGCGACUGUGGAGCAUCCCAAAGAAUUAACUGCUCUCAUGAGUGCAAUAGUUGAGAAAAAAGAAACGGGUGCAACCACUUUCAAGCAAGAAGUGCCAAUACCAGCGUAUUUACUGGCCAUUGCCAUUGGUGAUCUUGUUUCACGACCUUUGGGUCCUAAUUCGAAUGUCUGGGCAGAGGCGGGCAUUGUGGAUGCGUGCGCUGAGGAGUUCUCACAAACUUCACAAAUGCUGCGAACCGCAUCUGACAUUUGUGGACCAUAUGUGUGGAAACAAUAUGAUUUGCUUGUUAUGCCACCAUCAUUUCCCUUUGGUGGCAUGGAAAAUCCGUGCCUCACAUUUGUAACACCCACACUACUGGCUGGCGAUAAGUCUUUAGCCGAUGUGGUGGCUCACGAAAUUGCUCACAGUUGGACUGGUAAUUUAGUCACAAACAAAAAUUUCGAACAUUUCUGGUUAAAUGAAGGUUUCACUGUCUUCGUGGAGACGAAAAUUGUGGGACGCAUGCAAGGCAAUAAAGAGCGUGAUUUCCAUAUGUUGCGCAACUUGACCGAUUUACAGGAGUGUAUACGUACACAAUUAGCCAAUAGUCCGGAACUUACAAAGUUAGUAGUUGAUUUAUCGAAUUGUGGUCCAGAUGAUGCAUUCUCCAGUGUGCCCUACAUUAAAGGUUCAACUUUCCUGCGUUAUAUUGAGGAUUUACUUGGAGGACCUGAAGUAUUCGAGCCAUUCCUACGCAGUUAUUUGCAAAAGUUUGCUUACAAAUCGGUUAUUACGGACGAUUUCAAAGGUGCCUUAUAUGACUAUUUCAUUAAAACCGAUAAAAAGGAUAAGCUGACCGAAAUCGAUUGGGACUUGUGGCUCUACCAAGAAGGUCUACCCCCGAUAAUACCAAACUUCGACGAAACACUCGCCGAUAUCUCUAAACAGUUGGCCAAGCUGUGGAGCACCAAGUCUACCGCUGACUUGCGUGGUGACACCGAUAUUAGCAAGCCGAUUUCCUCACAUCAACUUAUUGAUUUCCUUGGCAGAUUGAUUGAAUGCCAAGACAUUGUUGAAUUAAACGAGGAGAAAAUCGAACUUCUCGAAAGCACUUAUAACCUGAAGAGUACGAAGAAUGCUGAAGUACGUUUCCGUGUCAUGCGUUUGGUAAUCAGAGCACGAUUGCUGAAACGUAUCGAUGAGAUUAUUGCAUUUGCCAAUUCCAAUUUCCGCAUGAAAUUCUGCCGUCCAAUUUAUCGUGAUUUGGGCCAAUGGCCAGAGGCCUAUUGCAGUCGAGAGCUUCCAACGCGUUAAGGAUCAAAUGAUGGCAGUUUGUGCGCACACCAUCGAGAAGGACUUGGGUUUGAAAUGAGCAUUUAUAACUGUUAUAUUCAAAAAUAUUUUUAUAUGUUUUCUCCAUU